AUGUCAAGUUUUCUAAAUAAUUUUCUGAAAUUGGAUGAAAAUAUUCGAAAAUCUUCAGAUAUUGCUCUGAUUUGGUAAGAAACUUUUUUAAAAGAAAAUUUAGAAAUACAAUUUUCAUAGCUUCAAAUUAAUUGUAAUUUUUUCAGGGAAGGAAAUUAUUGGGACGAUCAAAAUGUUCACGAUUGUUGUGAUAUCGAUUGGAAAACACUGAAUUUUAUGAUUGAAAAAGUUGCGAUUGUUUUUAAGAAUUAUUUUUUGGAGGAGAAGCAAAAUAUCGAGGAAAAUCAAGAGCGAAAGAUAUUGAUCUACCUUCCAAAAAUAAUACAAUUACCAAUUUGUAUUUUGGCAGCGAUUCGAGUUGGAAUAACUCCUGUUAUUUUGGUGAGAUUUUGUGAGAAAUAAAAUUAGGAAUUAAGGCUAAGCUCUAAGUAAUCGGUCUAAUUUUUAAUAGAGAAACCUUUUUUAGCUCAAUCCAUAUUUUGCAGGAUCCAUUAUCAUCGAACCAAAACGUUCUCCAAAAAUUCCCACUAAUCGUAACUUGUGACUACGUCUGGCAAGCCCAAAAAUUGAUAGAAAUCAAGAAAAAAGUCGAAGACUUUGGACAAAUUUUGGUAAUUCGACAUGUUGCACCAAAUUAUGGAAUUCCAGCACCAAGAAAACAAAUCAUUGCAAAAAGACCCACUUAUUUUUUGACGUGUGAGAAUCCUGGAAAUCCUGAAAAAAUCAGGAUUAAAUUCGAUUUGCGAAAUGGAAAAGAUGAUAAAUGGUCGAAAAAAAUGGAAGAAGUUUCAGAUUCUGAGGUUGAAACUGGUCUUAAAUUAUCUGGAAAUUUUUCAAAUUCAGAGAAGAAUACAGCAAUUCUGAUUUCAGAUGGAGAAAUUCUGGAGAAAAUUGAGAUCUCAGAACUUUUAGCACUUCUAGAAAAAAAGAAAGAGGAAAUUAUGAAUUCAGUUGAAAAUAUUUUUGUGUUGGAUUUUCCGAAAAAUUUGGAUAGCUUUGCGAAUUUCCUAUUGCCCUGGUAUAUUGGAAAAACGAUGACAUUGGUGAGUUAAUUAAUCAAUUGAUUUUAAAUCAACCUGAAAUUAAUUGUAGUUCGAAGGAUGUGUAAAUUAUCCGGAUAGUUCGAGAAUCUCACAGAUUAUUCAAAAACAUUCAGUUAAUUGUAUUAUCUCAACUCAGGAAUUGCAAAUUUUGCAUCCAAAUUAUUUGAAGUUUUUUGAUUUCUCAAAUUUGAAACAAUUAAUUGGAGAUAACGAAAUUCUCAAGGAUGCUUAUAAGUUGUGA